AUGCUUAGGACAAUAAUUAUAUCAUUUUUGUUGGGCUUAGCGUACUCGCAGCCUGCACAACUUGUUCCCAGCGUCGAUCCGAAUCAUUUUGGAGCAGACGGAAACCCUUGCUACGAUCGCGAGACGCAAGCUCCACAGCGAUGCGUUCCCGAUUUCAUCAAUGCAGCCUUCAAUAUUCUAGUUGAAGUAACAAACACUUGCGGUGAGAAGAGACCUACAAAAUAUUGCGUUCAAUCUGGGCACACUGGUCAGCGUAAUGUUUGCGACAUUUGUGAUGCCCGUGUCCCGGAAUCCGCUCACCCAGCUAAAUACCUUACCGAUUUCAAUAAUGCUAACAACGAGACCUGGUGGCAGUCAGACACAAUGCUGGAAGGAAUGCAAUUCCCGACCAGUGUGAAUUUAACACUCAACUUGGGAAAAACCUUUGAUAUCACUUACAUUCGUCUCAAGUUUAUCAGCCCGCGUCCAGAAUCUUUUUCGAUUUAUAAAAAAACUACAUUGAAUGAUGAUUGGGUUCCAUGGCAAUAUUACUCGGGCUCGUGUCGUGCUACAUUUGGCAUGCCUGACAGAUCGCCUAUUCUUCCUGGAAAUGAGAACCGCCCUCAAUGUACCAAAGAAUUCUCUGACAUUUCGCCAAUCACUGGUGGAAACAUCGCGUUCUCCACAUUGGAAGGUCGCCCAUCAGCUCAUGCUUUUGAAGAUUCACCAAUUCUUCAAGAAUGGGUGACUGCUUCUGCUAUUCGUAUUGUUCUCAACCGUAUGAACACCUUCGGAGAUGAAGUUUUCAAAGAUCCCCAAGUCCUUCGCAGUUACUACUACGCAAUUUCCGAUUUCGCCGUCGGAGGCCGCUGCAAAUGUAACGGUCAUGCCUCGGAAUGUGUCGGCUCUUCAUCUGUCGAUGGCGAAAAUCGCCUUGUCUGUCGUUGCGAGCACAACACCCAAGGAGCUGAUUGUAAUGAAUGUGCGCCGUUCUAUAAUGAUCGCCCAUGGAUGGCCGGAAACUCAAAGGAGGCCAAUGAAUGCGUUGCUUGCAACUGCUCUCAGCUAUCCAACCGUUGCUUCUUUGAUCAGAAACUUUACGAUGAAACUGGACAUGGAGGUCAUUGUAUUGAUUGUCAAGGAAACACUCAGGGAGUCCAUUGUGAGCAAUGUGUUGCUAACCAUUGGCGCCGACCAGGAGAAAACUAUUGUGUUCCUUGCGGUUGUGAUGAGACCGGUUCAAUGUCAACUCAAUGCGACGCCGAGGGAAAAUGUCAAUGCAAGCCCGGUGUUACUGGAAGAUACUGCGAUCAAUGUAUGGAUGGAUACUACGACUUCGGACCAAAUGGCUGCAAGAAUUGUGGGUGUGAAGCGGCGGGUUCACUCAACAACCAACCGAGAUGCGAUCCGGCAUCUGGAACAUGUACAUGCAAGCUUAAUGUGGAAGGAAGACAGUGCGACAAAUGUAAACCAGGAUACUUUGAUUUAUCGAGUGAAAAUCAGUUUGGUUGUACUCCAUGUUUCUGCUAUGGUCAUUCUUCAAUUUGCUCAACUUCCGAUGGAUACUUUGCAAUGAAUGUGUCAAGCACAUUCGAUCAAGACAAACAAAAGUGGACGGCAUCAGGUCGUCUUGGACUUCAAGACACUCAAUGGGCUGAAACUGAUAAAGCAGUCGCAGUUUCGAAUAAUGACAACUCGCCGGUGUACUUUGUCGCUCCAGAACAAUUCACCGGUGAUCAGCGAAGUAGUUAUAAUCAAGAUCUUGUUUUUGACUUGAAGGUUGCGAAACAUGUCACCAACCAAGAUGUUCGGGAUAUUGUCAUUAUGGGAGCUGGACGUGAAAUCUCUACGUCAAUUACAUCUCAGAACAAUCCUUUCCCAACCACUGAGAAGCAAACAUACAGAUUCCGAAUUCAUGCGGAUCCUUAUUACGGAUGGUAUCCACGUGUCAAUGAGCUUGAUUUCAUUGGAAUCCUUUCCAACAUCACUGCCAUCAAGAUUAGAGGAACUUAUUCAUACAAGGAUAUUGGCUAUCUGUCGAAUGUUCACCUUGGCUCUGCUGGAGUUGCUCCAUCUUCAACUAAUCCUAAAGCUGCCACGUGGAUUGAACAUUGCGAAUGUCUUCCAGGAUUUGUUGGUCAAUUCUGCGAGUCUUGCGAGCCAGGAUAUCGCCGAGAAAUUAAAUUCGGAGGGCCUUUCAAGCGAUGCAUCAAAUGUGACUGUCACAAUCAUUCAAGCAGUUGUGAAGCGGAAAGUGGAUCGUGCAUAUGUGAACACAACACUGCUGGUGACACUUGCGAACGAUGUGCAAGAGGGUACUACGGGGAUGCACUUCAAGGAACCACUGAGGAUUGCCAGAAGUGCCCAUGUCCGAACGAUGGUCCAUGCCUUCUCCAUUCCGAUGGUGAUGUACUUUGCACUGAAUGUCCACAUGGAUACACGGGAAGACGGUGUGAUGAAUGCUCGGAUGGAUUCUUCGGCAAUCCAAAGGAGAAUAUUGAGUGCAAAGAAUGCGAAUGCAAUAACAACACCGAUCCGAACUCAAUAGGAAAUUGCGACAAAAUCACUGGAGAAUGCAAGAAGUGUGUCUUCAACACAUUUGGAUUUAAUUGUGAGAAAUGCAAGCCAGGAUAUUGGGGAGAUGCUCUCAUUGAGCCAAAAGGAAAUUGCCAAUCUUGUGGAUGUUUUGCUCCUGGAACAAAACAUCCGGAUGGUAACUACACACUUCUCGAAUGUCGACAAGAUGAUGGUCAGUGUGACUGCCUUCCGAAUGUCGUCGGAUUCCAAUGUGACCAAUGCGCGCAUGGACACUACAACAUCUCUUCUGGCAUUGGCUGCGAGAAAUGCGACUGUGAUCCACUUGGAGCCGAAGCUGUUAGUUGCGAUGUCAUUACUGGGCAGUGUGUCUGCAAGCCAGGAGUUACCGGAAAGCGUUGCGAUCAAUGCCUGUCGUAUCAUUUCGGAUUCAGCGCUAAUGGAUGUCAACCAUGCGACUGUGAGCCAAUUGGCAGCGAGAAUCCACAAUGCGAUGUGAAAUCUGGACAAUGUUUGUGCCGUGAGAAUGUUGAAGGAAGACGUUGCGAUCAAUGUUCCGAGAAUCGUUAUGGUAUCACAAGCGGAUGUUUGCCUUGCGAUGACUGCUAUACUCUUAUCCAGAGCCGCGUUAAUGUGUUCCGCGACAAGGUGAAAUAUCUUGGCACCACUCUUCAGGAGAUUAUCGAAAAUCCAGCUCCAGUAAAUGAUACAAGCUUCGGAGACAAGCUCAAAGAAAUGAUUAGCUCGGUUAAAGAAAUUGCUGAUUUUGUGCAUACUAGAGCAAAAGAAGAUGGCGGAAUGAUCAGAUCGCAGUACAGCAUUUACAAUGAAGAGCUUAUGAAUGCUUUAGCAAGGCUUAAAGGUUACGAUGAGAACAUUUAUAAAAGUAUAUUAACAAGCGACGAAUCGGAGGCUAGUCUACAACGGUGGUUAACUUUAAAGGAAAACGCACAGAAAGAGAUUGAGAAUACCAUAAAUUAUUUGUUAACGGAAGGAGAGGAACGCUACAAGAUCGCUUUGGAAGCAAGCAAAAAGUACGGAGAGGAGAGCUCAAAGAUGAGCGAAGUUGCUCACAGAACACAGGAAGAAGUCAAAAAGCAUUUAGAAAGAGCUGAACAGAUUGAAAAGCUUGCUAAUAAUGCAGUGGCUGCUGCGAAAGAAGCUCAGAAAGCAGCCAAUGAUGCUGUUUUCGGUGGAGCGCAACUUACAAAGAAGGUCGCUGACCUGAAGAAUCGUGAAAAUCAUUUGAAUGAGACGGCUUCGAGAACAUUGUCACUUGCACAGGAGCAGAAGAAGGAAGCAGAGGACAUUCAUAACGAGGCUGCGAUGGCAUUGACUAGAAUUGAAAGUCUGCCGAUUCCAAAUAUUACCGUCGCCGAACUUCGCAAAGAAGCGAAGUCAAUCAACGAAGAAUCGGCGAAGGCUGCCGAAAUUUCAAAUAAGGAAAAUGAAGAGAACAAUGACAUUCUUGAUGAAGUUACCAGGACCCUCUCGGAUGCCAAAAAUGAACUGCAAAGCUCACAAGAUAACCUGAAGAAUGCCGAUGAGGAGAUUGCUCACAUUGAAAAGGCUCGAGAGAAAGCUCAACAGGCCGUGGAAUUGGCUGAAAAGACAUUGAAGGAUGCCGAAAGCACAUUGGCAACUCUAACUGAGUUUAACAAUAAUGUUGAAGCAACUCGAAAUGCUGCCAAAGAUGAGCUCACGCUUUUGGAGCAAACCGAACUGGCCAUCAAUCGAGCCAACAAUAAGGCUGAGGAGACUGAAAGAAUAAUUGGUGACGCGUCGAAUGAUGCUAAGCGAUCGAAGCAACUUGCCGAAGAAGCUCAUGGAGAAGCAAAUGAAGUCAAAGUUGAGCUAGAGAAGCUGAAACAAGAUGCUGAAGAUAUCAAGAGUUCUGCUAGUUUUGUGAAAGACGAAGUGCAACAGAUAACGGAAGAGUUGGCGGAAACCAAAGAAUCGGUGAACAAAGAAAAAAAGAAGGCUGACGAAGAAGUGCAAAAAACGGGCGAGACUGUUAAACAAGUUUUAUUGGCCAAAAAAAUUGCCGAGGAUUCGAAUGCAACCGCUCAGGAUCGAGAUCAAAUUUUGAAAAAACUCAUUGCCGAUUUGGACGCUCUUGAAUAUAUCAGGGAAUAUGAUAUUGACGAUAUUGUUGAGGAAAUUGACGAGAUCGAAGAACAAAUGGUCAAAGAAGGAAUAUUCUCAAGUAUUGAUGAUAUUAAAGCUUCUAAGGUCACCGAAGAAGAUAAAGUUGUUCUUCUUAAAAACGAGAUACACGAACUUCAAAAAGAAGUGAUUGCUCUUGAGCAACUUCGAGAUGCCAUACCGGGCAAAUGCUUCAAUAUCAUCAGUUUGGAGCAAGAAGGACAAUAG